UGUAAGCAUUUAUUUGAUUUUAUCAUGGGAAGCCAUACUGUUUCUAGAGCAACGGCACGGUCCAAAGUAUACAUGAGCAAAUUUCGGUCAUAAAGAUACUGAAACGCAAGAAAGCGCAACAGCGAGCAACUUUCUAGCAAAAGAGUUCAGGGGGAGUGACCUGGAUUGGAUCAUUUUUUACUGUCCGUGAACAAGCGCUCAGCUCAGUUUGGGAAAAUGGCGGUUUUCCACCUACUUUUGGGUUUGCUUGGCAAAGCCCUCAUCCUGCUGUGCUGUCUGCUCUUCGUCGCCUUUCUGGGUUACUGCCUGUACCUCAGGCACAUUCACAUGAAAUAUGACCACAUACCGGGGCCGCCGAGGAACAGCUUCUUCCUUGGCCACUCGCCAACCCUUUUGACGAUUAUGAAUAAAGAUGGACUAGUUCAUGACAAGUUCCUGGAAUGGUCUGAGACUUACGGACAUGUUUACCGGUUAAAUUUUCUCCAUUACGUCACUGUGUGUGUGACCUGUCCAGAAGCAACAAAGGAAAUCCUGAUGUCCCCAAAGUACCCCAAGGAUAAAUUUGUCUACAAUAGGCUCUUCAAUCUGUUUGGUCAAAGGCUUUUUGGCAAUGGCCUGAUAACAGCUCGGGAUCAUGACAUGUGGUACAAACAGCGCCGGAUCAUGGACCCUGCCUUCAGCAGCUUGUACUUGAGAGGCCUAAUGGGGACCUUCAACGAGAGAGCGGAGAAACUGAUGGAUAAGCUCUCAGAGUUAGCUGAUAGCAACAAAGAGGCCAACAUGCUUCAACUUGUCAACUGCGUCACCCUCGAUGUCAUCGCUAAGGUCGCUUUUGGGAUGGAGCUAGACCUCCUGAAGAACACUUCACCUUUCCCCAAGGCCAUCGAGAUUUGCCUAAAAGGGAUGGUGCACUACGUUAGAGACGUCAUGUAUGAGUACAACCCCAGGAACAGAACGUUUGUUAACGAAGUGAGGGAUGCCUGUCGCCUGCUGCGUACGACCGGAGCUCAGCUGAUCCAAAAGAGAAAGAUCGCCAUGCAAAACGGGGAGGAUGUUCCAAAGGACAUCCUCACGCAGAUCAUCAAGACUGCAGCCACAGAGGAAACCAUGACAGAAGAAGAUGAGGAGUUCAUGUUGGACAAUUUUGUGACAUUUUUCAUUGCUGGUCAAGAAACAACAGCCAAUCAACUAGCGUUUUGCAUCAUGGAACUUGGAAGACAUCCUGACAUCCUCGAGAAAGCAAAGAAAGAAGUGGAUGAUGUUAUUGGGAUGAAACAGGAAAUAAGCAAUGAUGACCUCGGGAAGCUAAUCUAUCUCUCACAGGUGCUGAAAGAGACUCUGAGGAUCUACCCGACUGCUCCAGGAACGUCCCGUGACAUAGAGGAAGACAUGACUAUCGAUGGCGUCCGCAUACCUGCCGGAGUCAACUGCAUGUUUAGCUCCUAUACCACUGGGAGAAUGGAGAAGUUCUUCAAGGACCCUUUGACAUUUGAUCCAGACAGAUUUCAUCCAGAUGCUCCAAAGCCCUAUUACUGCUACUAUCCCUUUGCUCUGGGUCCACGGUCAUGCCUGGGUUUGAACUUUGCUCAGAUGGAGGCCAAAGUGGUGAUGGCAAAGCUGCUCCAGAGGUUCGAUUUCAACCUCGUCGCAGGACAGACCUUUGACGUCAAGGACACUGGAACCCUGAGGCCAAAGAGUGGAGUGAUCUGCACCAUCAAACACAGGAAAUAUAAAAACUGAGCGAUGUUAAUGGUUUACAAUAGAAAUCACAGCAGUCCACGGGGUAAAAGAUGUUCAUAACGAACUACAAAUUUCUUUGCGUAUUUAAAUUUGUUUGCGCAUGCAUUAAUCUUUCAGCUUGGGUAUUUUUGCCGAUUUAAAUACCUGGAAAAGUUUAUAUCGGGUGGAAUGUUUUGUGCGACAUGGUUGUCAGUUCACUGUAAUUUGACUUACUGACAACGCACACAUGGGGGCGCUGUUAGCUCUUUAAAAAAACCCUAACAGCGGAACAUCAUCUGUUAAACGCACACAAAACUGAAACUCCACUUCAGAACUGUUUAAAUGAGGUCUACCUUUUCAACAAAUUGCAUAGGCUGUGGUUGUAAGGCAGUGAUAACAUGUGAUUGUUUUGCUCAGUCCAGACUGAAACCGGAGACACUAUCACUUUCUCAUGUAUGUAAUGAAAACGUUGUGGCUUGAUGUUCACAAAUGGAUGAAACCAAGUAUUCAAUCAAUUUUUCACUCCUUUUCCUGAGGCAAGGCAAUUUUUGAUUCAAUUUCGUGGUUGUAGUUAACGCGAUUUUAUGUGUACUCAAAUUUGUGUCAUGUGAAAGCCGGGUCACAAACAAAUCCCCUGCAUUUAUUUUGUAAUUUUUUAACAUGUAACUAAUUUUACCGUUUCUUAAAUUGCUUUAAUUGAAACAAACAAACCCUGGAUUUUUUUUUUCUGGCAUCUUCCCUCUGAACUGGAUGUUAGACAUACAAAGUCUCUCCUUUUGCCUAUUUUUUCUUUGCUCUUUUCUGUGUAUCGGUCUUUGGUAAUAUUUGACUUUAUAUGUUUUGCUUUUGCUUUCUUGAAUUUACAAUAAAUAAAUAUCUAAUUUUUG